CACUGCUGCAGGUGGCCGUAAAAGGAAGGGCACCGGGCUGGAGCGGAUUUGCAAGGGGAUGGGAGUCAAGCUUACCAUUGAGAUUCCUCCAGGGCUGAAACGUCCUGAGAAGCCUUUGCCUGCUGCCAAGUUUGCAUCGGAGGGUGGAAUGCUUGCAAGAGGCCAGAUGCCGCUCCUUCCGCAUUUCAAGUUGUACAAGAGGGAUGAGAAUUUGUUGGCCGACUUCGUUGGAAAGAUGGGGGCAAAUUUCAACAUGGACACAGAGUCGGAAGACAUCCAGAAGGCUUGCUAUGACGUACUGCGGAAAGUGUCGAAGAACAGGCGCUACAUCCUGAAAAGGGACUACUUCGACAAAGUACCAGCAAAUGAAGUCAGCAUCAAGUCCAUUGUUAAGGAUGUCUCAGAUGAAGAAUGGGAAGCUCUAACUGCUCUGUGGGUAACCCCAAGACACAGGAACACAUGUACCAAGAACAAGGACAGUCGUGCUGCGGUCAAAUUUGGCCAAAAGACUGGCUCUCGUAGCUAUGCUGCUCAUCUGUAUGCAACUAGGGAGGAGCGCAGAGGUGAAGAGCUAGAUGCAGUCGACAUCUUUAAGGCGACCCAUCACAGCAAGAAGGAUGGUUUCUCUGAGGAAGCUCUAGCUGCAAUAGCUGAUAUGGAAGCUGAGAUGGCUAUUCCUGUGCCAGAAGGUGCACCGCCAAGGUCUGCAGUCGCUGUUGUUGCAAAGGUUCUUAGCAAGGAAGCCAAGCACAACACUUUCCUGAAGAAUGCUGGACUUCAGCCCAGUUCCACUGUCAAGCUCAACAAGCCCACCGCAGCUGCUGUAUCGGCGCAUGUUCAUGACCUGGAAGCACAGCUGAAGAGGUCCCAGGAGGAAGCUGAACAGAUGAAGCAGCAGUUUGCUGCCAUCAUGGAAGAAGCUGCUGCCCAGAAGGAGAAGCAAGCGGCAAAUGAAGCCGCACAAGCUCAGCGUGACAAGGACUACAUGGAGCUCCUCAAGCGGACUGAGGAAAGUGAUAGGAGGCUUGCUCACAUGAUGUCCAUCUUCGGAGCAUCCGCGAAUCAGCUCCUGCUCGCUGGUCGUAUCCCUUUUUUGUGUCCCGCCAUGGAACUUGGUCAUAUCCUCGGCAGCGUGACAAUAACUUCUUACCGUGAAUCCGUGAACUUCUUACCGUGA